AUGGAGAAAAAUGGGUGUAAGCCUGAUGUGAUUAGCUACAAUGUUAUUAUUAGUGGGCUCUGUAGGGAAGGGAAAGCAAGAGAAGCACAUGACUUAUUGGAAGAUAUGCCGAGAAGAAAAUGCUUCCCAGAUGUGGUAACUUACAGGAUACUUGUCGAUGGGCUUUGUGACCAAAUGCAUCUAAAGGAAGGGGCGGGUAUAUUAGAUGAGAUGGUUUUUAAAGGAUAUGUCUCUCGUUCUUCUAGUGUAAGCAAAUUUAUAGGUGAAUUGGUCCGAGACCAUAAAAUGGAAAUAUUAUGGACAGUUUUAAAUAGUUUGGCAAAAAGAAAUGCAAUCAUUUCAGAUAUAUGGAGAUUAGUUAUUUCUCCAGUCUGCAAGAAGGACAACCACUAUGAUGCAAGUGAGGUCGUUAGUUUGCUAAUAAGCACUGGGGCUCAUUCAGUUGGUUAG